AUGUUCCCAGUCACAGCAACCUCCUCAGGCUCCUCAGACAUCAACUCCCCAGUAAGGAUUGGUAGGACUGAAGGCUGUGUGUGGGUACCAGGAGAGGCUACAGUUGAAGAGUUGAUGUCCCAGCUAUUGGUGGAGCACGAAGUGGUUCAGUGUCCAGAUCUUAUGGCAGCCCAAUUUGAGGCGAAGAAAUUGCAAAAGAAGGGAAGAGGGAGUGCUUCUGUUUCAGGAGGCCAGCGCCCUUGAGGUUACUUCCCAAUGCUCCGGUGGCCACCGCAGCAAGUGGCAUACAUGAAACUGUUCGAUGGAAAUCCCAGGAGCUGGCUACUAACAACGACAAUGACCAAGUCUGAAGAUAGGGAUGGCUAGGAAGAAUUUUCUCUGCGGAAAACGUUGUGUGCAGAAGGAGCUGCUGGACUACCUCAAGAUAAAAGCCUAGCAGCUGAUUCUGUGCUGAUGGGCUUUCCUCUCCUGCUCGGUCUUGCAAAUAGAAUAAGUCAGGCAGCAGUUACUAGUGUUUUGGAUAAUAACUGGGUUAUAGAAAGAGAUUUUGCUCCAGGAUUGGAAAAAUGACUUUACGCUUUGUUGACUUCUCUUUAA